AUGUCAGAUAGAGAAGCAUUAAAAAUUUUUGCAAGACAGCCGGUUACUAAUGAAAUGAUUCAAUUUCUUGCUGCUACUACUAGUUCUAUAAUCCAAGUUAAGAGUUAUCAACCAAAAUACAGUCAAUUGAAUCAGCAAAAUAAUCUUUUAGUUAGUCAAGUAUCUAAAAAAUCCAUUUCAUUAGUUAAUUUUAUUAAAAAUUUAAUAAAAUAUUCCAAUGUUCAAACUCCAACUUUAAUGGCUAGUUUGAUUUAUCUUAAUAAGUUAAGAAACUUGUUACCAGCCAAUGCAAUUGGUAUGGAAACUACAAGACAUCGUAUCUUUUUAAGUGCAUUAAUAUUGAGUGCUAAAUCAUUGAAUGAUUCGAGUCCGCUCAAUAAACAUUGGACUAAGUACACCGAUGGUUUAUUAACAAUCGAAGAAGUUAAUAUGGCUGAAAGAGAGUUAAUCGGGUUAUUAAAAUGGGAUAUCAACAUUAAAGAGGAUGAAUUAUUAUUAACUUUACAACCAUUCUUAAGUUCAAUUAAAAAAUCUCUUAUCAAGAAACAACAUGAUGAAUCUGUACAAAAAAUUAACUACUAUAGAUUAUCCAACUCUUACAGUCAAAGAUCGUUACCUUUACCUUCCCCAACAACUCCAACAAGUGUUUCAUCUUCAAUUUCAUCUCAUUCUUCUUUGACUUCGUCGAAUUCAAAUCAUUCAUUAUUAUCUUUGAAUCGCUCAAAUACUUCCUCUUCUUUAAUUGAAGAUUCAGAAUACCCAAUCGACGAUAUAAAGAAGAGAUUGCCUUUAUCUUCUAAAAACAUCAAUACUUUAAAUCGUCCUACUAAUGCUCCUCGUCAAUUAAAAAACAUCCCCUACAAUCGUCAACUGUCAAGUUACUCUGAUAAAUUAACUCAUUUCUAUAAUCAAAAUGAAGAUAAUCUUUUAUUAAAAGAUUCUAAAAUUAAUUUAUCAAGGGCUGGUAAAAUCGUAUCAUAA